AUGAAGAGAGUUGUUGAUUUCCAAGAAAAGGACGCUGCAAAUGAAGCCGAAUGGGAGUUCAAAGACUCAAAAACCGAGAACAAGAAGAGGAAACACAACAAAAACAACAACAGGGACAAAUUCAAUGCCAAGACGAAGCGUUUGAGCCAUGCUGAUUUUGUACAAAAGAAGGAGGACAUGCUGGCAUUUAGAAAGCAAUUGCCCAUUUACACAGGUCGCGAUGCUAUCAUCCAAUGUUUAGAAGAAAAUGACACAGUGAUUGUGAUGGGUGAAACUGGAUCUGGCAAGACAACCCAGAUUCCACAGUUUUUGAUCGAAGCAGGUUUAGCAUCCAAAGAGAUUGGCAGUGUCGCAGUAACCCAGCCUCGUCGAGUAGCAGCUGUCAAUCUGGCCAAGCGUGUUGCAGAAGAAACAAUGACAAGACUAGGAGGAAAAGUGGGUUACACAGUACGUUUUGACGAUACAUCCAGUCCACAAACCAUCAUCAAAUACCUCACCGACGGUAUGUUGCUUCGAGAGAUUUUAUCAGACGAAUUACUACUGCGCUACAAGGUGGUUGUUUUGGACGAAGCGCAUGAACGCACGCUUCGAACAGACAUGUUAUUUGGUAUGAUCAAAAAGAUCCAGAGAGUGAGAUUGGAGAAGCACAAGGAAGACGCAUCUAUUCAGCCCCUCAAGAUUGUCAUAAUGAGUGCUACUCUGGAUGCCGAAAAAUUUAGUGAAUUCUUCAACCAUGCAAAGAUUUUGUAUGUGUCUGGUCGAUUAUACCCUGUGGAUACCAUGUUUACAGUCGAACCGCAAGCAGAUUAUUUGGAUGCCUGUUUGGUGAGCAUAUUUCAGAUCCACGUCAAUAACCCCAAGGGUGAUAUCUUGGUGUUUUUGCCCGGUCAAGAUGCGAUCGAAAGCUUAACAGCCCUCGUCAACGAAUAUUCUGCUCAACUGCGUCCUCAGCAGCAGCGUUUACUAGCAUGCCCUUUGUUUGCUGCUCUCCCACCAUCACAACAACAGAAAGUAUUCGAUCCAGCACCUGAAAACACUCGCAAGGUCAUCUUAUCCACCAACAUUGCAGAAACCAGUAUCACCAUUCCAGGCAUCAAAUAUGUCAUUGAUUGUGGAUUGGCUAAACUGCGAGGAUUUAACCCCAAGAUUGGUGUAGAGUCAUUGCUACUGCAUCCCAUUUCCAAGAGUUCGGCAUGGCAGCGUACAGGUCGUGCUGGAAGAGAGGCUGCUGGUGUGUGCUAUCGCUUGUAUACAGAAGGUGCAUUCAGAGAGCUGGAGGAUGAUACUGUGCCUGAAAUUCGUCGUUGUAAUCUGGCAGCUGCGGUUUUAUCACUCAAAGCAACAGGCAUUACCAAUGUAUUGGAGUUUGACUACAUGGACCGCCCUUCCAGGUCCUCCUUAGUGCGUGCUUUAGAGGAGCUGUACGCAUUGGGUGCCAUUGAUGACAAGGGCGAUCUCUCUGAUCUGGGUAAACAAAUGGCUGAAUUCCCCUUGGACCCCAACUACUCCAAGGUCUUAAUCCAAUCCAAGGAAUAUGGCUGUUCGUUAGAGGUCAUCGCCAUCAUCUCGCUGCUGUCUGUCGAUUCCAUCUUUUUCACACCGUCCGACAAGCGGGAACAAGCAUCUGAAGCCAAAAAGAAGUUCCUUCAUCCUGACGGUGAUCAUUUGACACUCUUGAAUGUGCUGAAAUCGUACUGGGAAGUCAAGGGUGAUAUUGAAUGGUGCAAAGAGAACUUUAUCAACAACAGAAACAUCAAAAUUGCCUUGGAAGUUAGAGACCAAUUGAUUCGUUUCUGCGAGAGAAUCGACAUGAACCCCAAUAGCACCUGUGGAUCAGAUACAGACAACGUCCUCAAAUGCUUCUUGACUGGAUUCUUCCAGAACACUGCCCUGCUGCAACCAGAUGGAUCUUACAAGAGUAUUGCAGGCAGCCAGUUGGUGAAAAUUCACCCAGGUUCGGCCAUGUUCGGUAAGCGUGUGGAGGGCAUCUUGUAUAAUGAAUUGGUGUUUACUACAAAGCAUUAUGUGAGAGGUGUAUCUGCUAUUCAGUCUGCCUGGUUACCGUUAGCGGCUCCCAAAUACUUUAAUAAUGUAAAAUCAUCAAACUAG